GCCACUUUUUCACCUCUAGCAAUCCCGCUUAUAUUUGAUCCGGCGACUUCAGUCGCAGCUUCAACAUGGGUAAGAAGGCCAUCGAUUCGCGCAUCCCGGCCCUCAUCCGCAAUGCCGCUCAGGAACACAAGCGCGGCUUCUUCGUCGUCGUCGGUGAUCGUCAGAAGGAUGUCAUCGUAAACCUGCACUACAUCCUCCAGACCGCCAAUCUCAAGGCAAACAAAUCCGUCCUCUGGGCGUACAAGAACAAACUGCUAGGCUUCACCAGUCACCGCAAGAAGAGAGAACAAAAGAUCAAGAAGGAGAUCAAGCGCGGCAUCCGUGAUGUCGAUAACGAGGACCCCUUCGAGCUGUUCGUUUCGACCCAGAACAUCCGCUAUGUCUACUACAAGGAGACGGAGAAGAUUCUCGGAAACACCUACGGCAUGUGCAUCCUGCAGGACUUCGAGGCCAUCACUCCCAACCUUCUCGCCCGUACCAUCGAAACUGUCGAAGGAGGAGGUCUUGUCGUUAUGCUCCUCAAGGGUAUGAGCAGUUUGAAACAACUCUACACCUUGUCUAUGGACAUCCACUCGCGCUACCGCACAGAGGCCCAUGGCGAUGUUGUCGCUCGUUUCAAUGAGCGCUUCAUCCUGUCCCUUGGUAGUUGUGACUCGUGCUUGGUCAUCGAUGAUGAGAUGAACGUCCUGCCCAUCUCAGGAGGAAAGACCAUUCAGCAGUUGCCGCCUCCGGAUCCGGAAGCUCAGGGAAAGACUCCCGCUGCUAGGGAACUCGAGACCAUCAAGGAGAGUCUUGCCGACACUCAGCCCGUCGGGUCCCUUGUCACUCUGGCCCGUACCGUCGACCAAGCCAAAGCUCUGCUCACCUUUGUGGAUGCUAUCGCUGAGAAGACUUUACAAAGUACCGUCACCUUGACCGCUGCUCGUGGUCGUGGUAAGUCAGCCGCACUCGGUGUGGCCAUUGCCGCUGCCGUCGCACAUGGUUACAGCAACAUCUUCAUUACCUCGCCAAGUCCCGAGAACCUGAAGACCUUAUUCGAGUUCGUCUUCAAGGGCUUCGAUGCCUUGGGCUAUCUCGACCACGUUGACUACACCAUCAUCCAAUCUACUAACCCUGACUUCAACAAGGCCAUCGUUCGGGUAAACAUUCACCGUCAACACAAGCAGACCAUCCAGUACAUCCAGCCUCAGGACGCAUAUACUCUCGGCCAAGCAGAACUCCUGGUCAUCGAUGAAGCUGCCGCAAUCCCCUUGCCACUGGUCAGAAAACUCAUGGGCCCUUACUUGGUGUUCAUGGCUUCGACCAUCAACGGUUACGAAGGUACUGGCCGCUCUUUGUCACUCAAGUUGAUUCAACAGCUCCGUGAGCAGUCUCGCGGAGGCUCCAAGGCUAGUAACGAGCAGGUAGCCGAUCGAUCCACAGGAAGGUCUGCCAAGGACGAAAACCAGGUUGCCAUUGCUGGUCGCUCUCUUCGCGAAAUCACUCUCUCUGAGCCGAUCCGUUACGCCCAAGGAGAUUCCGUCGAAAAGUGGAUGAACCGUCUCCUUUGUCUCGACGCUACCCUCCCUCGCGCAUCAACAACACGUGGCUGCCCCCACCCAGAUCAAUGUCAGCUUCUGUCUGUCAACAGAGAUACUUUGUUCUCAUUCCACCCAGUCUCGGAGAAAUUCCUCCAACAGAUGAUGGCGCUGUACGUUGCUUCGCAUUACAAAAACACCCCUAAUGACCUGCAGUUGAUGUCUGAUGCUCCUGCACAUCAACUGUUCGUGCUUGUUCCUCCGGUUGAGGAGGGUAGUAACCGCCUUCCCGAGCCUUUGUGUGUCAUCCAGCUAGCUCUAGAAGGUCAGAUCAGCAGAGAGAGCGUUAUCAACAGCUUGAGUCGUGGCCAAAGAGCGGGAGGUGAUUUGAUUCCUUGGUUGGUCAGUCAACAGUUCCAGGAUGAAGACUUUGCUGGACUUUCUGGCGCACGUGUUGUCCGUAUUGCCACACAUCCCGACUACAUGAACAUGGGCUAUGGCAAGAAGGCUCUCGAGCUCCUUACCGACUUCUUCGAGGGCAAGUUCACAUCUCUGUCUGAGGAGGAUGGACAAGCUGAGGCUGGAAGCGAGGGUAUGGUCCGUGUCACAGAUGCCGAACUCGAGAACGCCAGCUUGUUGCAGGACAACGUCAAGGUUCGCGACAUCUCGACUAUGCCUCCGCUCUUUGCUCGUCUCUCGGAGCGCAAGCCUACCCGUCUGGACUACAUGGGUGUUUCAUACGGUCUUACCUCGCCGCUACACAAGUUCUGGAAGCGCGCCAACUUCGUGCCUGUCUACCUCCGCCAGACCGCAAACGAUCUUACCGGAGAGCAUACCUGUGUUAUGUUGAGAACGCUUGACGGCGCUACUUCUUCGGACCCUGCUUGGCUCGGAGCGUACGCCAAAGAUUUCCACCGCAGAUUCCUCAGCCUUUCGUCCUACCAAUUCAGAAAGUUCACCAGCGUCCAGGCUCUCAGUCUCGACGAGUCUGCCAAUGCCGGCAUCAAGCUCGAUAGCAGUGUCCCCCCCAAACCACUCACCAAGAGUGACUUGGACGAGUUGUUCAGUCCUUUCGAUCUGAAGCGUCUGGAUAGCUAUGCGAACAAUAUGCUGGACUACCACGUAAUUCUCGAUCUGUUGCCAAAGAUUGCCGAGCUCUUCUUCACAGGUCGUAUCAAGGGUGAAGAGGCUGUCAAGCUCAGUGGUGUGCAACAAGCCUUGUUGUAUGCUAUCGGUCUGCAACGCAAGACCCUCGAGGACCUGGAAAAGGAGCUCGGACUGGGAAGCAGUCAACUGCUUGCUAUGUUCGUGAAGGUGAUGCGCAAGAUGUCAAUGCACUUCCGUGGCCUGGUUGAGGGAGCUGUUGCCGAGACUAUGCCUAAGGGUAUUGGUGGUGGCGAUGCUGAAGCCGACAAGAUCGAUGGUGAGGAGGCACAGCGAUUUGCUCCUCUUCAACAGACUUUGGAAGACGAUCUUGCCGAGGCUGGCGACGAGUACAUGGCCGCUGAGAAGGAGCGUGCUCGCGCCAUGAUCGAUGCGCUUCCUCUGGACAAGUACGCGCUCGGAAAUGCUGAGGCCGAUUGGGACGAAGCUGAACGCCAAAUCCAGAAGGGCGGAGGCCGUAGCGGAAAGAGCACAACCGUCAGUGUCAAGUCGAAGAACGCACCGAGCAAGCGCAAGGCUGGAGAAGCGCUUGAAGAGGUGCAGAAGGAGGCUGCCAACAUUGAUGGAAAGAAGAGUAAGAAGGGCAAGAAGUCAAGGUAAAGGAUUAAAUGAAUUGCAUAGAGGGCGGAGUUAAGGGUGUACAAAAGGACGUAUCGCCAUGGGAUUGUUGAGGGGAAAUAUCCAAUCUGUAUUUGUCGUGUUCCGAAUUUGAAGAUAUUCGAAGACAUAACUUGAAGUGCUUUAGAGAGACUUUGUCAUCCACAAGUGAGGCAGUCGUGUUUGUCGGUCCCGGAAUUUAAAAGCGCACCCUCCGUCGCUACAACCGCAUCCUCCACAAUCAACCUUCACUUCCGUCUCACAACCAACGCUUCUCAACACAUCGUUUCCAACAAGAUCGAUUCUGUAUAAAAUCACUAGACUCACACAUCUCUCAUCACCAAAUACAAGACUAC